CAUUCUGCUAAUCCGCCAUUGUGAUAUUCCCUUACUACUCAGCCAAGUCAUCAACUUUACUCCCGCCAAUCUUCAUUUAUGUUACCUUCAUAUUGCUUAUUCAUUCACUGAUUAUUAUUUUUGACGACACUGACCAUUUCGCAAUGUUCGUUUCUCCAUAUUCCCAGAUGCUGAUACGAACUCCAAACGGCGAGACACUUCAUGUGCGACAGAUGGAUGACGCUUUCUAUCCAGAGAACUUGGCUAUUUUUACCGAUGCUGGCGAACGUGUGCACAGUUCACAUCUCAUGGCACAAGUCAUCGAGUCGUUAUCAGAUUUGCCUAGGGACGAUGGCUCAGAGAGUAAUCCCACGUCACUUGUCGAAUACCAUCACCUCGAUUAACGGUUCCUGAAGAGACGGAGUGCGGUUUUCGUGGACAUGCUGAAAUCAAAGUUGUGUCAUUCAGUAUGAAAUGGACUACGACUCGGCCACCCCCCGCAUCAGCAAUCCACAAGUUGAGUCCUUUUCGCCUCACUCUCACUCUCUCUUUGGAGGUCUAGUGACUGUGUAUCAGAUCUCGGCGUUGAGCAGCCAUGUGUAGGUCCUUUCCGAAGUGAAUUUAAGUAUCACUUAGAAGAAUUCUGUAAAACGGAGUGAUGCGUAAACCCUUGCGCCGAUUUCGAGUCCAGUUUCAUUGCCACUAUCUUGCUGCUCUGUGCUUACUGCUUACAGUCUCCUCCUCCAUGACUUGCUAUCUUCGUUCGCAGUGAACCAUGUAAAUUCAGUUUUUAUAAGAAUUUAGGAAACUUUUCUUCUGG